AUGUCCGACGAGGUUUACGAUGGUGCCAUUGGCAUCGAUCUGGGUACCACGUACUCUUGCGUUGCCAACUACGAGGGCAGCAAUGUCGAAAUCAUUGCCAACGAGCAGGGUUCCUUCACGACUCCCUCCUUCGUUUCCUUCACCGAUGAGGAGCGUCUUAUUGGUGAGGCCGCAAAGAACCAGGCCGCAAUGAACCCUGCCAACACCGUCUUCGAUGUCAAGCGGUUGAUCGGACGACGAUUCGAUGACCCUACAGUCAAGAAGGAUAUCGAGUCGUGGCCAUUCAAGGUCGUCGACCAGGGUGGAAACCCCAUGGUCCAGGUCGAGUACCUGAAGGAGACCAAGACUUUCUCUCCCCAGGAAAUCUCGUCCAUGGUCCUGAUGAAGAUGAAGGAGGUUGCCGAGACCAAGCUCGGUAAGAAGGUCCAGAAGGCUGUCAUCACUGUCCCUGCCUACUUCAACGACAACCAGAGACAGGCUACCAAGGAUGCCGGUGCCAUUGCUGGUCUCAACGUUCUCCGUAUCAUCAACGAACCUACCGCUGCCGCCAUCGCUUACGGUCUCGGCUCCGGCAAGAGCGACAAGGAGCGAAAUGUCCUGAUCUACGAUCUUGGUGGUGGUACUUUCGAUGUGUCUCUCCUGAACAUCCAGGGCGGUGUUUUCACCGUCAAGGCAACUGCCGGUGACACUCACUUGGGUGGUCAAGAUUUCGAUACCAACCUCCUCGACCACUUCAAGAAGGAGUUCCAGCGAAAGACCAAGAAGGACCUCUCUGGCGACGCCCGAGCCCUCCGAAGACUCCGUACCGCUUGCGAGCGUGCCAAGAGAACCCUGUCCAACGGUACCCAGACCACCAUCGAAAUCGACUCGCUCUUCGACGGUGAGGACUUCAACGCCCAGAUCACCCGUGCCCGUUUCGAGGAUCUGAACGCCAAGGCCUUCAACGGCACUCUCGAGCCUGUCCAGCAGGUCCUCAAGGAUGCCAACAUCGACAAGUCCAAGGUCGACGAGAUCGUCCUUGUCGGUGGUUCCACCCGUAUCCCUCGCAUUCAGAAGCUCCUGAGCGACUUCUUCGAUGGCAAGAAGUUGGAGAAGAGCAUCAACCCUGACGAGGCUGUUGCCUACGGUGCUGCCGUCCAGGCUGGUAUCCUCUCUGGCAAGGCCACUUCUGCUGAAACCGCCGAUCUCCUCCUGCUCGAUGUCGUCCCUCUCUCCCUCGGUGUCGCCAUGGAAGGUAACAUCUUUGCUCCUGUCGUUCCACGCGGUAACACUGUUCCAUGUCUCAAGAAGAGAACUUUCACUACGGUGGUCGACAAUCAACAAACUGUUCAAUUCCCUGUCUACCAGGGGGAGCGUGUAAAUUGCGAGGAUAACACUUCUCUGGGAGAGUUUACCUUGGCUCCAAUCCCCCCGAUGCGAGCAGGAGAAGCUGCUUUGGAGGUUGUUUUCGAAGUCGAUGUCAACGGUAUCUUGAAAGUUACCGCCACCGAGAAAUCUUCCGGCCGAACCGCCAACAUCACCAUCUCAAAUGCUGUUGGAAAGCUCUCUACGGCAGAGAUUGAGCAAAUGGUUGACGACGCUGCCAAAUUCAAGACCAGCGACGAAGCUUUCACCAAGAAAUUCGAGGCCAAGCAGCAACUCGAGUCUUACAUUGGCCGCGUGGAGGAACUCAUCUCCGACCCCGGCUUGUCGAUGAAGAUGAAGCGCGGCAACAAGGCCAAGAUCGAGGAGGCCCUCUCCGACGCCAUGCAGCAGCUCGAGGUCGAGGACUCGAGCCCCGAGGACCUCAAGAAGAAGGAACUGGCCCUCAAGAGAGCCAUGACCAAGGCCAUGGCCACCCGAUAG